CACACACACUCACACAUUCGCAUAGGCAUACGUAUUAGUCUGUAUAUAUUCUAAUAGCUCAGCUGAAAACAGUUUUCGGUGCGCUGUAGUAAAUAAUAAAAAUUAAUUAGGAUAAUUGCAAAUUUUGCGUACCUGGUGCCUACCUAUAGGAAAUAUCGAAAAACGAAAGAGGCUAAACGUUCGACAUGGCAGCCCCGGUAAUUGUGGAGGCCACGGUGAAGCAGACGGCAACGCUCAUAUUCAUGCACGGCUUGGGCGACACUGGACAUGGCUGGAGCAGCGCUUUGGCUGCAUUGCGUCCGCCGUUUAUGAAGGUUAUCUGCCCAACGGCUCCGACACAACCUGUGUCUCUGAAUGCUGGCUUCCGUAUGCCGUCGUGGUUUGAUUUGAAGACUCUGGAUAUAGGUGGGCCCGAGGAUGAGCCGGGCAUACGAGCUGCUCGUGAUGAUAUUCAUAGCAUGAUCCAGAAGGAGGUUAACAGUGGUAUACCAGCCAAUCGCAUUGUACUUGGGGGUUUCUCACAAGGAGGUGCCUUGGCGCUCUACUCGGCACUGACCUACGAUCAGCCACUAGCUGGCGUGGUGGCUUUGUCCUGUUGGCUGCCACUUCACAAGCAAUUUCCCGAUGCCAAAGUGAGCAGCGAUGAAGUACCCAUAUUCCAGGCACAUGGGGACUACGAUCCUGUGGUACCAUACAAAUUUGGACAGCUGAGCGCAAGUUUGCUGAAGUCGUUCAUGAAGAAUGUCACCUUCAAGACCUACAGCGGAUUGUCGCACUCGUCUUCUGACGAGGAGAUGAACGAUGUGAAGGACAUAAUCAGUAAAUGGACGCAUUGGGAGGGCCAGAGCAUGGCAAGAAAGGCAAUGCUGCCAGAUAUCAUAGUAGCUAUAUGCAUAGGCUAUGAGAAUUGUAGUUGCAGUUCCUUCCACAGUCCCUAGUCAAGAAACGCGCCCGUGCAGACGUCUGAGAAGUUUUUGAUGUAUUUUAGAUAUUAUUUUGUACAUACGUAUUAUGUAGACUUUAGGCAUAUUAAAUAGCUAUUGAAAGUCUCCACAUGGUGGUUGGAUGUAAAGCAGAUUCGCUAA